UUAUUUCUCUAGACAGUUAAAGCAUGUCAGAUCAUCACAGCAUGACGGUUCGCUAAAGUUUCCUCGGGCUAUGCCCGGCGGGUCGUUGCACCAUUAUUGUAUACGAUGUUCAUGCUGUGGAAAAAUUGUGGAUGGGAGAUGGAAUUGAACCAUCACGGAAAGAGCCCAAACCGAAGCACAACCGACUGUGCCACCAUCCAACCCAAUGCUGGGUUAUUUAUUUUCAUUUAUAUUCUUUCUGCAAGUGCGGACACAACAAUUGCCAACAUUAGUUCAUUUAAUUUUAAAAAUUUAAAAAGGUCAAAUCAUGGGGAUAGCUUGUAA